AUGGAAGAAGCUCUCAAAGAGUUGGAUUGCAUACGUCGACAAAUUAAGAAUGUACAGAGCCGCCAGUCCGCUAAGCGGAGGUUGGCCGUGCAAGCAGAAUUCUUGGUACCACGGCCGCUUCAAAAGCGUGUUCUGUUGGUGUACAUGUACAGUGGGCACUGUAGCCAGGUCGCAGCCGAGUUUCUAAGGCGUUGCUUUGCAGGUUGCCAAGCAGCGGCAGAAGAGAGCAUGGAUUAUGAAGCCGUGGUGGAAGAUCUUUACCUGGCAGCUCCGCUGGAUGAAAUCGUUGACUUGGAAACUGCGCCACUAACCUGUGUCCGGACAAGUGACGCACUGGCGGCAAUGGAGUUUACAGUGCAGCAGAAACUGCAUUCGUGGGUGGCGUCGCUUAACACGGAGAAAGGUGUUGCCCCCAGCCGCUCCAUGAUGGUAGCCUACGCCAUGGACAACAUUCCCUCGGCAGUGCCCGACGAGCUUCGGGCUGGCUUGGUGCAGCGUUUGAAUGGCUCUCCCCGUGCUCAACGCAAAUGGUUGGCUCGCUUCAGGCGACAGUGGCAAUGUCGGGUGGGACGCUUGCCAGUUGAAGAUGUGGUAACAGCCUUUUGGCAAUGGAUUAAUUUUGCUUGGGCUGAAGCUGAAGAGGCCAAGGAGACACCUUUGGUUUUGAAUGCGGAUGAAACCUGCAUCGCUUGGGUGAAAGGCCUUUCUGGCACUGUUGCGAAAACGACCCAAGCUCGCUGUGCUGCAGAUAGAGCCAGCUUGGCGCAGCGUCGAAGCAACUUCACGUUGCUGGCGUGCAUUUGUGCAGAGUCACGGAUACAACCGCUACUACCGCAGUUUAUCUUGGUCAAUAAGCGCCAGAUAACCAUGAAGGAGUUGGCAGUUGUGAAAGGUCUGCUACCACCUCAAACAUAUGUUGUCCGAGGGCAAAGUGCCUGGUGCAGUCACGAAUUGCUCCGGCGGUUCCUGACUGCGUUGGCAACCAGCCUUGAACCUGUUUCCCACGGAAGAUACAUUAUAUUGCUGCUGGACUGCGCGGCGUGCCACCUACACGACAGCAUUCGCAGCCAC